AUGACGUCCGUUUCCACCGCUGACAAGACCAAGCCCUACCUUCCUUUGGCUGGGGCUAGCCAGGAUGGCUGGUCUAAUGGACAGCGAGCAACAGCGACAUGCUUUUGUGGAGCCGUGCAGCUGAGCUUUCCCACCAGCGGACCAGGCUUGGUCGAUACUUUCCUCUGCAAUUGCACUGACUGUCGCAAAAUCACUGCUUCCAUGUUUGCCUCCAACUUUACAAUUGACGAUGAAUAUCUCACCCAUGAGCGUGGCCGCGACAACUUAUCAAAAUACAGUCAGUCCAAGUCUAUUGGGACUGACAAUACGAUGACCAACUACUUUUGUUCCACAUGCGGCUCCCUUAUGUACCGUAUCGGUACGGGUUUCCCCGGGAAAAGUAUUCUGCGCCUGGGCACGGUUGAUGAUUUCAAUCUGAGCGAGACCCAGCUGAAGCCUCGAAUCGAACAGUUCGUUAAGGAUCGCGUGGCGUGGCUACAUGGUGCGGAUGGUGUUGAACAAGUUCAAGGGUAUGCCUAUGCAUAA